UCACUAGAUUUUCAUAUUUACUAAUGUGGCAGCUAUUGGGUCUCCAUGGUUAUCAUUAAAGUUUAACUUUAUUUUAAGAUGUAUUUACGAAACUGUGAGCUAUAAAAUAUGUUUUCUUGUCAUGUUUCAUGAGUAGAAAUCUUCAUGGAGAGUUUGAAGACUUGUCACAGACUUAAGCUAAUACAAUUUCGUACUCAUCUUUUUCAUUAGAGAAAAGUCAUUCUACUGAAAAAAAGAAGAGAUAUUCUCCCUCUCUUCCUUUUGUUGUGGUGGAACUCAUAGAAAUGACUUUUCCUUUUUCGAUUUUGGUUUUAUAGUAAGUGAGUGGUCCAGGGGCUUUAUAAAAUAGCUGGAAGCAAACUCAAUGGCUUGAUUGUUGGGGCUUGGGGAUGUCUUUAAGAGGAAAAGGUAUCUACAACGUGAAUCUAAUGACACUCAUUGUUUUUGUUACUUGGCUUUGAGCUCACUAUGGUUUAAUUGCUUAAAGAGAUCAUGGAAGUAUCAAAGAGAUACAUAGGAGAACAAAUGAGAUGCAGAAGAUGGGUUACAAGCGUUCAACAAAGAAGUGCAAAGAAAAAUGGGAAAAUAUGAACAAAUAUUUCAAAAGGACUAUUGUAACUGGGAAGGCUAGUAUUGCAAAUGGUAAGACAUGUCCAUAUUUUCAAGAAUUAGAUAUUCUUUAUAGAAAUGGAGUGGUAAAUACUGGAGCUGUCUUUGAUAGUACAAAUACUGGAAAUAAUUCCAAGGCUGAAGUAUAGAUCCUUUUCAUGAAGAUGCUUGUUAGCAGCAGCAGACAGUAUUUAUUUCUACCAAACAGAAGUAUACAAGUAGGCUGCCCUUUGCUAGCAGCAAACAAGACAAGCAACAGAAACUCUGUAUGAUAUUUAUUUCUGGUUAUAAUCUUGGAUAUGGGCCUUCUUGUAGCUGGCACAAAAUAUCGUGGGGAGUUUGAAGAAAGAUUAAAGAAACUGAUGGAGGAAAUAAAACAAAGUGAUGAAAUAAUUCUAUUUAUUGAUGAGGUGCAUACAUUAAUUGGAGUAGGGGCUGCAGAAGGAGCUAUUGAUGCAGCAAACAUAUUAAAACCUGCCCUUGCAAGGGGUGAAUUGCAGCCAUUGGCAAAGAAACUUGGGAUAAAAGUGGUGCCAACUUUCAAAAUUCUAAAGGAUAAGAAGGUCGUUAAAGAAGUAACUAGAGCAAAGUUCGAUGAUUUGGUUCAUGCCAUUGAUACUAAUGAUUGAAUUCAUCAGAUUGAAAGCUAAGCGAUUGUGUAGAUAGCCAGGCGAUCGUUGAAGGUUGAAGACUGAGAAGGCGUUUAGAAUUUCUUAUUUAAGUCUUGUAUUAGGAUCUUGUUUCAUGUACUAUUGUAGAAUGUAUAUAUAAACACAAUAUUAAGUUUUCA